AUGGCGCAAAGACUGGGGGAGGAGCAGAAAGGACUGCCAGAGAAUACAGAUAGACCGCAGAGUUGGGCAGAGAAGUGGCAGAUGGAUUUCAAUCCAGGCAAACGCGAGGCGAUGCACUCAGGCAAGACCGAUUCGAAGAGCGAGUUAUUGAAUGAACCCGGGAAAACUCGAUGGGGAGAGCGAUCUGGGAGUGCAGGUCCAUUGGAGCCGGAAGCCCCCCCUGCGGAGGUCGGGGGAGGGGUCCCUCCCCCCACCACCCCUCCCCCCUCCCCCCAGCCCCCCGAGGACCCGCAGUCGGCCUGGGAGCAGGUGCUGAGCCUGUACGGGGAGGGCCGGGAGGGGCCGGAGGGGCAGGGGGCGGCGCCGGGGAGCCCCCAGCCCUGGGAGGGGGGUCCCGGGGCCCCGCCCCCGCCCCCGCCCCCCCUCGACGUCCCGGCCUCCUGGGGCGAGAUCCUGACCAUCUACACCCGGGACGAGAAGUCGGCGGCCCGCCUGCUCCCGGGCUCCUCGGUGGACGACCGUUCCGUCUGGGGCCGGGUCCUGGCGGAGGGGAGCUGGGAGGGGCCGGGGGCCGGGCGGGGGCUCAGCGGCUCCUCCCCCGAGCCCAUGCCCCGCCCCCGCAGCGGCAGCAGCGGCCCGCCCACCCCGGCCUGGGGCGGCCUAUCCGACUGGGCCCUGCCGCCUGAGGUUCCCGCCAACUCCGACCGGGACCUGGCGUCAUGGCUGCUCCCCGCCUCCAGCCCGGGAUCGGCCGCUACCCUGGGCUCCUCCUCCUCCUCCUCCGGCCUGCUCCUCCUGGAGGGGCCCCGCACCUCCGACCGCCUCCUGCUCCCGGCCCCCGGCGCCCCGGAACGGCCGCCGGCUACAGGCGGUGCCCCCCCUCCGCUGACGGCGCUGCUGGCGACAGGCGGGCGGCCCCUCUCGGAGUGGGCCCUCCCUACAGGCAAACCCUCCCCCUUGGAACAGGCGCCGGCUACAGUCGGGCUGCCCCUCUCGGAGUGGGCCCUCCCCGCGGGCAAGCCCUCCCCCUUGGAACAGGCACCGGCUACAGUCGGGCUGCCCCUCUCGGAGUGGGCCCUUCCUACAGGCAAACCCUCCCCCCCUGAACAGGCGCUGGCUACAGUCGGGCUGCCCCUCUCGGAGUGGGCCCUCCCUACAGGCAAACCCUCCCUCCAUGAACAGUCGCCGGCUACAGGCGGAGUGUCCCCUCCGCCGGCGGUGUUGCCAGCUACAGGCUUGCCUCCCCUUAUGGAGUCAGCGCUCCCUACAGGCGAACCCUCCCCACCUGAGCCCGCGCUGGCUACAGGCGGAAUGUCCCCUCCGCCAAUGUCUUCGCCCCUCUCAGAGUGGGUGGCCCCGACGGGCAAACUCUCCCUGCCGGAACAGGCACCGGCUACAGGCGGACUGUCCCUCUCGGAAUGGGUGCUGUCGAUGGGCAAACUGUCCCCGCCCCAACAGGUGCUGACGACAGGCAGACUGUCACUGCCAGAGCCGAUGCUGGCGAGAGGCAUCCUGAGCCCCGCGGACGAGGUGCGGGCAACAGGCAGACUCUCCCUGCCGGAGCCAGUGCUGGCUACAGGCAAACCCACGGCCCUGGGGCCCCGCCUGUCCGCCGGCACCCUGACCCUCCUGGAACAGGCGCUGGCCUCAAGCCAGCUCUCUCCCCUGGAACAGCUGCUGGCUACAGGCAGACUGUCCCCACCUGACUAUAUCCUGACAACAGGCGGACUCUCACCGUCAGAACAGGCACCGGCUGCCGGCAGCUACCCCCCACAGGAGCGGGCGGGCGCGACAUCCCCACCCCCGCAAACACCGAGCACAGGCGGACUGUCCGAACAGACGCUUGCUACGAGUCAACUGUCCCGGCCGGAGCAAACGCUGACGACAGGCGAACUGAGCGGGUCCCCGACGUGGUCUGAGUCGAGCCUGGCGACGGACCGGCCGUCGGCGAACGAGCACUCGGUGAUCACAGUCAUCCGUCUGGAGAUGCUCAGGCCCCGGGACGUCCUGUCGACGGGCGACAUCUCGCCGUGGGAGCAGCCCCCGGACCAACAGUCGCUCCGGGAGCACCCCCUCACCGCCCCCGCGGCGGGUGUUGGCGAGCGGCCUCUAGGAGGUGAGGCACCGACUCCGGCAGAACCAGCCCUGACACUGCCGACCAAGAGCACAGGCGAAUCACCGCCGUCAGAACUCGCCCUGGGUCCGGGGGGAACAUUACCGACAGGCGAAACGUUACCAUCGGAACAGAUCCGAACCACAACCACCCCGGGUGAGAGGUCGCCACCAGAACAGGGGCUGGCUGCAAGUGAGGCAUCGCCACUGGGAAAGACGCCAACCACAGGCAAAGUAUUACUGUCAGAGCAGGAGCCACCCCCAGGGGAACUACCCGCACCGGCAGAGACUGCAACUACAGACGGGCUUUCACUGUCAGAGGAGAUCUUAACUCUGGGGAUACUAUUACUGACAGACCAGAAAACAGGCACAGGUGAAUUGUCAACAGCUGAAGAGACCGUGACGACAGGAAAACUUUCCCUGUCAGAGCAGACACCGGCUACAGUCAAAAUCUCACCGACAGAAGAGACUGUGACUACAGGUGAACGUUCCCUGCCAGAGCAGGCAAUGACUACAGGCAAAGUCUCACCGACAGAAGAGAUCAUGACUACAGGUGAACUCUCCCUGACAGACCAGAUAUUGGCUUCAGGCAAAACCUCACCACCAGAAGAGACUGUGACUACAGGUAAACCUUCCCUGCCAGACCAGACACUGGCUACAGGCAAAAUUCUACUGACAGAAGAGACCCUGACUACAGGUGAACAUUCCCUGCCAGACCAGGUAUUGGCUACAGGCGAAACCUCACCACCAGAAGAGACUGUGGCUAUAGGUGAACGUUCCCUGCCAGACCAGGUACUGGCUACAGGCGAAAUCUCACCGACAGAAGAGAUCGUGACUACAGGUGAACUCUCCCUGUCAGACCAAGUGUUGGCUACAGGCGAAGUCUCACCGCCAGAAGAGACUGUGACUACAGGUGAACUCUCCCUGCCAGACCAGGUAUUGGCUACAGGCAAAAUCUCACCAUCAGAAGAGACCCUGACUAUAGGUGAACUCUCCUUGCCAGACCAGAUAUUGGAUACAGGCGAAAUCUCACCACCAGAAGAGACUGUGACUACAGGUGAACGUUCCCUGCCAGACCAGGUAUUGGCUACAGGUGAAAUCUCACCACCAGAAGAGACUGUGACUACAGGUGAACUCUCCCUGCCAGACCAGGUAUUGGCUACAGGCGAAAUCUCACCACCAGAAGAGACCGUGACUACAGGUGAACUCUCCCUGCCAGAUCAGGUAUUGGCUACAGGCAAAAUCUCACCGACAGAAGAGACCAUGACUACAGGUGAACUCUUGCUGCCAGACCAGGUAUUGGCUACAGGAGAAAUCCCACUGACAGAAGAGACCGUGACUACAGGUGAACAUUCCCUGCCAGACCAGGUAUUGGCUACAGGCGAAAUCUCACCACCAGAAGAGACUGUGACUACAGGUGAACGUUCCCUGCCAGACCAGAUACUGGCUACAGGCGAAAUCUCACCACCAGAAGAGACUGUGACUACAGGUGAACUCUCCCUGCCAGACCAAGUGUUGGCUACAGGCGAAAUCUCACCACCAGAAGAGACUGUGACUACAGGUGAACUCUCCCUGCCAGACCAGGUAUUGGCUACAGGCGAAAUCUCACCACCAGAAGAGACCGUGACUACAGGUGAACUCUCCCUGCCAGAUCAGGUAUUGGCUACAGGCAAAAUCUCACCGACAGAAGAGACCAUGACUACAGGUGAACUCUUGCUGCCAGACCAGGUAUUGGCUACAGGAGAAAUCCCACUGACAGAAGAGACCGUGACUACAGGUGAACAUUCCCUGCCAGAUCAGGUAUUGGCUACAGGCGAAAUCUCACCACCAGAAGAGACUGUGACUACAGGUGAACUCUCCCUGCCAGACCAGGUGUUGGCUACAGGCGAAAUCUCACCACCAGAAGAGACUGUGACUACAGGUGAACUCUCCCUGCCAGACCAGGUAUUGGCUACAGGCGAAAUCUCACCACCAGAAGAGACCGUGACUACAGGUGAACUCUCCCUGCCAGAUCAGGUAUUGGCUACAGGAGAAAUCCCACUGACAGAAGAGACCGUGACUACAGGUGAACGUUCCCUGCCAGACCAGGUACUGGCUACAGGCGAAAUCUCACCACCAGAAGAGACCAUGACUACAGGUGAACGUUCCCUGCCAGACCAGGUACUGGCUACAGGUGAAAUCCCACUGACAGAAGAGACUGUGACUACAGGUGAACAUUCCCUGCCUGACCAGGUACUGGCUACAGGUGAAAUCUCACCACCAGAAGAGACUGUGACUACAGGUGAACAUUCCCAGCCAGACCAGGUAUUGGCUACAGGAAAAAUCUCACUGACAGAAGAGCCCAUGACUACAGAUGAACUCUCCCUGCCAGACCAGACACUGGCUACAGGCAAAAUCCCACUGACAGAAGAGACCCUGACUACAGGUGAACGUUCCCUGCCAGACCAGGUAUUGGCUACAGGCGAAACCUCACCGACUGAAGAGACUGUGACUACAGGUGAACGUUCUCUGCCAGACCAGACACUGGCUACAGGCGAAGUCUCACCACCAGAAGAGACUGUGACUACAGGUGAACGUUCCCUGCCAGACCAGACACUGGCUACAGGCGAAGUCUCACCACCAGAAGAGACUGUGACUACAGGUGAACGUUCCCUGCCUGACCAGGUACUGGCUACAGGCGAAACCUCACCACCAGAUGAGACUGUGACUACAGGUGAACCUUCCUUGCCAGACCAGACACUAAAUACUGGUAAACUAUUGCUGACAGACCUGAUGCCGACUACAGGCGAAAUUCCACCACCAGAAGAGACCCAGAGUACAGGCGAAAUGUUGCUGGACCAGGCACAGAUCACAGGUGCACCCCCUCCACCAGAACAAGCCUUAACUACAGACCAACAGUCACCAUCGGAACAGAUGCUGUCUACAAGUGAAGCAUCUUCAUCAGAUCAGACACUGUCUACAAGUGAGGUAUCACAGUCAGAACAGACACUGUCUACAGGUGAGGCAUCCCCUGCAGAAGAGCCACUAACAGCAGACCAGGUGUCACCAUCAGAACAGGUGAGAGCUACAGGCAAAAUAUCACCAAUCGGACAAAAACUAGUCGUGGGUGCCUCAACUCCACCAGACCUGACAUUGACUACAGGCGCACUGCUACCUUCAGAGCAGGCACCGACAACAGGCGGACUAUCACCAGCAGAACAGACCCGAACUACAGGGGCGCCAUCUUCACCAGAACACACACAGCUCAUUGCAAAGGGAUGGCCAUCAGCAAUAACCGUGGCUACAGGUGAACUUUCUCUGCAAGAACAAGUGAUGGCUACAGGUGAAAUAUCACUGUCAGUGCAAACAGAGUGCUCAGAUGAGUUGUCACCACUGAUGACAGGGGAAAUAACAUUGUCCGAACAGACGCUGAUUCACACCCAAGCUGCUGUGCCAACAGGUGAGCUGCCUGCUCAAGAACAGGUCCCAGGUACAGGUGAACUCUCAACAUCGAAUCAGAAGUUGUGUUCAGGUGAGGUCACACCGCCAGAUCAGGCACCGUCUACAGGCAAACCAUGCCCAUCAGAAGAUGCCUUGACCCCAGCUAAGCGUCCACCAAUGGACAACGUCCUGCAUCCAGGUGGACAAUCGCCGCCGGCAGAGACACUGACAACAGGCGAAACAGAGGAGACUCUGCGUUUGGGUGACUCCUUGUUACUGGAACCCGUGCUCACUACAGGCAAGAGGUCACCAUCGGAAUGGAGCCUGUGCGAAGGCAAGGUGCCGCCAGUUGAAGAGUACCUGCCCACGGGUGACAAAUUACCACCAGAACAGACACUGGCUACAGGAGAACUGACACCAUCAGAACAGACACUGACUACAGGUGACGUAUCUCCAUGUGAACAGCCCUCAAUGACAGGCGGAAGGCUGCCAUCAGAACAGGCAGAACUAGAAAAGAGAGGGACAGCAGGUGAAUUGUCACCGUCAGAACGGACCCUGUCUACAGGAGAAAUAUCUCCAUGUGAACAAACCCCUACCACAGGCGGACUAUCACCAUCAGAACUAACAGUGACUACAGGUGGAAUGUCACCUUCAGAACAGACACCGAUGACAGGAAAGCACUUGUCACCAGAAAACAGACAGGCUGCAGGUGGAAUGUCACAGUCAGAACAGACACCGACAACAGGCAACACAUCUCCAUGUGAAGAGAUCACAGCUACAGGCAGAACUCAGCCGCCAGAACAGAUGAGUACAAGUGAAACAUCCUCCUGCGAUGAGGCCGCAGCUACAGGCAGCACGCCAUCAGAACAGCUGAUGGCUACAGGCAGAAUAUCCUCCCACGAAGGGUUCAUGGCUCUGGGUGGAAUACAGCCAGAACAGUCGCUGGCUACAGGUGAAAUAUCCUCCGGUGAUGAGAUUGCGGCUACAGGUGAUGCACCGUUGGAAGAGCCACUGACUACAGGCGAAAUAUCUUCCUGCGAUGAGGCAGCAGCUACAGGUGGAACACCAUCGGAACAGCCGUUGGCUACAGGUGAAAUAUCUUCAUGUGAUGAGAUCGUGGCUACAGGUGGAGCAUCAUCGGAAGAUGCACUGGCUCCAGACGGAACAUCUUCCUGCGAUAAGGCAGCAGCUACAGGUGGAGCACUGUCAGAACAGCCGCCGGCUACAAGCGAAACAUCUUCCUGUGAUGAGGCAGCGGCUACAGGCAGAGCACUGUCAGAACAGCCACCAGCUACAAGCGAAACAUCCUCCUACGAUGGGUUCGUGGCUCCAGACAGAAUACCACCACAACAGUCACUAGCUACAGGUGAAAUAUCUUCUAGUGAUGAGAUCGUGGCUGCAGGUGGAGCGCCGUUGGAAGAGCCACUGACAACAGGCGAAACAUCUUCCUGUGAUGAGGCAGCAGCUACAGGUGGAACAUCAUCAGAACAGCCAUUGGCUAAAGGUGAAAUAUCUUCAUGUGAUGAGAUCGUGGCUACAGGCGGAGCAUCAUCGGAAGAGCCACUGCCUACAGGCGAAACAGCUUCCUGCGAUGAGGAAGCGGCUACAGGUGGAGCACAGUCAGAACAGCCGGCAGCUACAGGUGAAACAUCCUCCAGUGACGAGGCAGCAGCUGCAGGCACGGCACCGUCAGGACAGCCCCCGGCUACAGGCGAUACAUCUUCCUGCGAUGAGACUGCGGCUACAGGCGGAGCACUGUCAGAACACCCCCCAGCUACAGGCGAUACAUCUUCCUGCGACGAGACCGCGUCUACAGGCGGAGCACUGUCAGAACAGCCCCCGGCUACAGGCGACACAUCCUCCUGCGAUGAGACCGCGGCUACAGGUGGAGCACAGUCAGAACAGCCGGCAGCUACAGGCGAGACAUCCUCCAGUGACGAGGCAGCAGCUACAGGCGGAGCACUGUCAGAACAGCCCCCGGCUACAGGCGACACGUCUUCCUGCGACGAGACCGCGGCUACAGGCGGAAGGCGGCCGGCUGCGGGCACUGCCGUCGCCGCUGGCUGGGCCCGGCCGGAGUGGGGGCUGGCCCCGCCCGCCCCCUCGCCCGCCCGCCUGCCCCCGGCCAGCGAGGGCGGCACCCCGGGCAGGGGGGUCCCCCUCCCCCCCUCCUCCCUGGGGGCUGCCGGCCCCACCCCCGAGGGGCUGAGCUUGGCGGGGGCGUCGCCGGCGGAGCUGACCCCCGGCCCGGUCAGCCUGACCGCCGCGGGGGCGGGCGGGGGAGGGGCGGCGACGCCCGACAACCCGGGGGAGGGGCCGUCGUCGGGGCUCAGCCCCGCCCCCUACCCCCACCUCGAGGCCCCCUCCUCCGGCCACAGCACCGACGCCGAGAGCGCCCCCAGUGGCCACGCCCAGCCCGCCGGCCAGCCCCACCCCCCGCGGCACCGCCUCCCGCGGCCUACUCCGGCCCAGGCUCCGGCCUGCGACCCCUUGGUCAUCGUCACCCUGUUCUCCCACCUGACCUCCAGCGGGGACAGCCCCUCCAGCCUCACCACCGCCUCCUCCUCCCGGGGGGAGGUGUCGGAGGCUGAGGCGCGCCCCGGCGGUGGUAGUGACCGACAACGCCAUGAUGGAGGUGGCGGAGGAGGACCAGGAGUUCUGGGCCACUUUCUACUUUGGUGGCGGGGUGGAGCGGGCCCGGGGGCUGCUGGGAAGGCGCCUGGUCCAGGCCGGGCGCCGGGCGGUCCGCUGAGGCGGCCCACCCACGUCGCCACCAUCGACGGCAUCGCCGUCACCAACACUAACGUCAACGUCAACUCCAACAUCACCACCAUCGCCGUCACCAACUCUACCAUCAACGUCAACUCCAACACCACCACCAAUGCCAGCGGUAUCACCGUCACCAACUCCAACAUCAACGUCAACUCCAACACCAGCACCAACACCAACGGCAUCACCGUCACCAACUCUCACGUCAACGUCAACUCCAACACCAACACCAAUGCCAGCGGUAUCACCGUCACCAACUCUAACGUCAACAUCAACUCCAACACCAACACCAAUGCCAGCGGCAUCGCCGUCACCAACACUAACGUCAACAUCAACUCCAACAUCCCCACCAUCGCCGUCACCAACUCUAACGUCAACAUCAACUCCAACACCACCACCAUCGCCGUCACCAACACUAACGUCAACGUCAACUCCAACAUCACCACCAAUGCCAGCGGUAUCACCGUCACCAACUCUACCAUCAACGCCAACACCAACACCAAUGCCAGCGGUAUCACAGUCACCAACUCUACCAUCAACGCCAACACCACCACCAAUGCCAGCAGUAUCACAGUCACCAACUCUACCAUCAAGGCCAACACCACCACCAAUGCCAGCGGUAUCACAGUCACCAACUCUACCAUCAACGCCAACACCAACACCAAUGCCAGCGGUAUCACAGUCACCAACUCUACCAUCAACGCCAACACCAACACCAAUGCCAGCGGUAUCACCGUCACCAACUCUAACGUCAACAUCAACUCCAACACCAGCACCAAUGCCAGCGGUAUCACCGUCACCAACUCUAACGUCAACAUCAACUCCAACACCAGCACCAAUGCCAGCGGUAUCACCGUCACCAACUCUACCGUCAACUCCAACACCAACACCAAUGCCAGCGGUAUCACCGCCACCAAUUCUAACGUCAACAUCAACUCCAACACCACCACCAACAUCGUCACCAGCACCAUCACCGUCACCAAUACUAACGUCAACGUCAACUCUAACACCACCACCAAUGCCAGCACCAUCACCGUCACCAACUCUAACGUCAACACCAACUCCAACACCACCACCAACAUCACCGUCACCAACUCUAAAGUCAACGUCAACUCCAACACUACCACCAAUGCCAGCACCAUCACCGUCACCAACUCUAACAUCAACGUCAACUCCAACACCAACACCAAUGCCAGCGGUAUCACCGUCACCAACACUAACGUCAACGUCAACUCCAACACCACCACCAACAUCACCGUCACCAACUCUAACGUCAACACCAACUCCAACACCACCACCAACAUCACCGUCACCAACACUAACGUCAACGUCAACUCCAACACCACCACCAAUGCCAGCGGUAUCACCGUCACCAACUCUAACAUCAACACCAACUCCAACACCACCACCAAUGCCAUCGCCAACGUCAAAGCCAUCGCCGACGUUAUCACCAACACCACACGAUGGCACGUCUCCCCUGAGGCACCCCUCCUCUCCCCUUAG